UCCAAAACCAGUUAUCGUGUUUCAACACAAGUAAUAAUCCAUCCAUGGAUACCGAUAUCCAGAACUCGAAUAUCCGGAUCCUCUGCCGGAAACUUGUUCUCCCAAAACUCCAUGAUCAAUCGGCAGAAAUCCCCCAAAUUCAGUGGCUAAUCGGCUCCCCAUUCUUCCCUUCCCCCACCAUCAUCGCAACUAUUCGAUGCAUCAAUUCUGCAGAUUUCUCCAAAGAAUCAGAUGAUAUAAGGAUACUGCUUCCAAAGGGUUUUGAGGUGAUUGGGGCAUUGAUAGUGAAAAAUGAUCCAAAUUUUGAGAAUUCGGUUGGCGAGGCUGUUGAUGCUGCUGUUAGAUUGAGGAAGCUGUUGUAUGGUGAUGCUGGAGGAGGCUUUUCCGAAAAGGAUCAAAUGUUGGUUGGAGGAGUGGUGGAUUUGAAUAAUGCUGGCGAUGUCCAGUUCUUUACGUUCAAGACUGGAAAUGUGAAAAAGAUUGAGAAGAUUAGUUCAAUUUUAUAUGAAGAACAGCCUGAGAAGUAUGUGUGGGAGAGAGGUUGUUUACUGCAAUGCGAGCUUCAGAUUAAGUUUCCAGUAUACUAUCCACCCAAAAAUCCGAAAGAAGUGGAGAAGAUGUACAUUCGUGCUACUGAAGUUGUCGUGAGUAAUUUGGUGGAUCUGAAAACCACAUACAUUAUGGAAGCUAAUGGACCUUCAGCAGGCGAACAACCUGUCGUCCUUUCUGGCACAGAUUUGGAGCUGCACAAGGAAAUGUCAAGUACAACUUCUCAAGAAUCUAAAGUAAAGACGUUUGCUUGUUCUGACCUUUGCUUGAAGGCUGGGAAAGCGAUAUCUUAUACUUCUAUUGAGGAGUAUGCAGAUAUAAUCCAUGUGAGUAUCCUGAGUAACAGAUCAAAAAGGUCUCUAAAACCUGCUGCACCUAUUGCUGAAUAUUAUCCUGCAGUGGAAGAUGCUAAAGUUUUGGUUGUGGAUCAUAAACUAGAAGUGCUCUGUUAUGCAGCAAAGGAUCUUUCAUUGGCCGCUGCAGUUUCCAAGUUGAUCAUUCCUGCACUUGUUGAUCAGAUACUUUCAAUGAGAAACAAGAUCUUGUCCCAUCUUUUAACAGAACAUCCGCAGCUACAACCAUACCACUUUGUUCCUCCUGGAUUUUUUAUUCCCAUUACCAUUUUUUAUGAACUCAGUUAUGGGGAAAUGGAAAUGAAGCAAGUUGAAACCAGAAAAGCCCUUCAUAUUAGAUUUGGAUUACCAUUAGAUCGUCCACUCCUAAGAGUCGUGAAUGCCAUUAACUUAUCUGUUAAGGACAAUAAAACUACUGGCAGUGCACUUAGGAAAGGUUCAUCUUUGCUUAAAGAUGUUCAUCUUGGUAUCCCAAGCAGUGGGGUCUCUGGGGGCACAGUGUCUCUUAUUCAAGGUUCCUAUGAAUACUAUCAUUACCUCCUUGAUGGAUUUGACGAUUCGGGCUGGGGGUGUGCUUAUCGUUCUCUGCAGACUAUUGUUUCCUGGUUUAGGCUCCAACAUUACAGUGGAAUUGAUGUUCCUUCACACAGGGAAAUACAACAGACACUUGUGGAGAUUGGCGACAAGGAUCCUUCUUUUAUAGGGUCACGUGAGUGGAUUGGAGCUAUCGAGUUGAGCUUUGUGUUAGACAAGCUUCUUGGGGUUAGUUGUAAAGUGAUAAAUGUCAGAUCUGGAGCUGAGCUUCCUGAGAAAUGUCGAGAGCUGGCAUUGCAUUUUGAUACUCAAGGAACACCUGUCAUGAUUGGUGGUGGUGUCCUGGCAUAUACUCUUCUAGGUGUUGAUUAUAAUGAAGUAAGUGGAGAUUGUGCAUUUCUUAUACUUGAUCCUCACUAUACCGGCACUGAUGAUCUCAAAAGGAUAGUCAGUGGUGGAUGGUGUGGCUGGAAAAAAGCCAUUGACAGCAAAGGGAAACAUUUCUUCUUGCAUGAUAAGUUCUACAAUCUUUUGCUGCCUCAAAGGCCUAAUACAGUCUAGUUAGUAGUUGCUUUAGCACUAGUUGGUGCAAAACCAUUUUGAAGCCAUUUGCCUUUUAAUGUAGACUUGUAGGACAUACAAAAACUGGUUGUAUUUUCUUCAUUUUUGGGAAGAAAAAAGAAAGGCAAAAGGGGACGGGAGGCGGGGGGAGGGUUUGAAAUUAAUUGGUGAUAGGAUGCAAUUUGAUUUGGUUUCAUGUAGUGGGAAUUCUUUGUUUUUGAUCAUGUACUGGAAAUGAGGUAUGUUUAGAAGUCACUGUUGAAGAUUGUGUGGUGUAAAUUAUUCAUUACUUUGUUAUGCUAAAGGUUGUUUUUCAUUCCA